GCAAGUACACAAGGUGGAGAAGAAAAUGAGGACAGAGCGAAGAGUAGUUGUGCUCCUCCCUUUGGUGGCUCUAGCGCUGCUGAGCUUUUGUCUAGGGUUUGUUGAUGCGGCGACAUCAAUAUUGCCCAAGCCGGCGAAUUUGAUUCGGAAUUAUUACAAGGUUCACAAUACUUGUCAUGAUGCUGAGGCUUACAUCCGUUACCAAGUGAAGUUGAUGUGGGAUAAGGAUAAGAGCAUCACUCCAAAGCUCCUCCGUUUGCUUUAUUCAGAUUGUUUUGUUACAGGCUGUGAUGCAUCAAUUCUGCUGAAUGUUUCAAAUUCAGAAAGAGAGGCACCACAGAAUCGGGGGCUAGCAGGGUUUGUGAUCAUCGAAAGAAUCAAGACGGUCCUUGAGAAACGCUGCCCUGGUGUCGUCUCCUGUGCUGAUAUCCUAAACCUUGCUACCAGGGAUGCCGUUCAUUUGGCAGGUGCACCAUCUUAUCCUAUUCUGACUGGAAGAAAGGACGGUUUUACAUCAACAGCUGCAUCUGUGGAUCUUCCGUCACCAUCCAUUUCAUGGGAAGAAGCUCUCAGAUACUUUAAAUCCAAAGGCUUAGAUGUGCUGGACAUGGCAACACUACUAGGCACACAUGGCAUGGGAAAAACACACUGUAGAUUCAUAGAAGACAGGCUAUACAAUUUCAAUGGAACCAAAAAGCCAGAUCCAACCAUGGAAAAGUCCUUCCUAAAUGAUAUGAGAAAUCAAUGCCCGCCAAGAACAAAGAAAGGCCAAGGAGACCCACUUAUAUACCUAAACCCAGAAUCAGGCAGUAAUUUCAUGUUCACAGAAACUUACUAUCAAAGAAUCAUAAAACAUCAAGCUGUUCUUGGAGUCGAUCAGCAGCUAUCAUAUGGUGAUGACACCAGGGAAAUUACAGAAGAGUUUGCUAAUGGCUUCGAAGAUUUCCGCAAGUCAUUUGCUCUUUCGAUGAACCGAAUGGGCAAUAUCAAUGUUUUAACUGGAGAUCAAGGAGAGAUACGGGGAAAAUGCAGCAUGGUGAAUAAGAAAUACUAGAAAUAGAUGGGAUUUCAUCUGUUCAUUGAUGGUUUGGUUUCAUAGUGAAAAGAUCAAGGUAAUAUAAUCAUUCAGAUGGUGUUGUUUUGUGCUAUAUAAAGAUAAGUAACCCAUAAUGACAAAAAUUUGGGGGAAAAAAAUGUUCGCUGUUUUAUUCACAAAAUAAGGAAUCUUAACAAAGUUUCAAAUAAUUGUGGCUCCAGUAAUCGCUAUUAGAUUAAUGAAAGUUCCCACAACUUCCACAUAUUUUGACAUAUCUCUCUCUCUCUCUCUCUCCCCCCCUCUCCCUCUGUGUUACCAAAAUUCUGAAAUACCUAAUUGCUCUCCAAUAUAUAUAAUGCAAUAACGAUUGCAAAGUAGAAAAUAAUCAUGUUUGCCAAACCUGUGAGGCAUCCAUGACGGCGAAUCACACCCUGAUGCACUGAAAAUAAAAUAAAAAGGAAAGCUUUUCCCAGCCUACAUGCUUGCCA